UGAGACCCUAAACCGCUGCUGAUUGUCAGGUGAUAUUUCAAGAUAAGCUAUUCAAACUAUGCGGCUUUGCUAUUGUUGACCGAGUUGAUUAUUUACAAAUAACUUAGUUUAUUCAAUCGGUUACUUAAACAGUUUUCCCAACAAUCAACAUUCUCAAGUUGCAUAGUUUGGUGUCACAUUUGCUGACUCUUUACUGACCACUAGCCGAGCCUGUGCUAACCGAUAGCUGACCCUGUCUACAUGUAAGACUCCAAAAUGUUAUGACACCUAGUCGACUGCGAGCCACCGGUACACGCGUACUGAGCAACGCGUUCAGUUUUAAUUAUGGGGAGCGGAACUCGGUCAAACAGAUGCCUCCUCUUCUCCACGGUAAUACUGUCGGUCGUCUGCAUAAGCCUCGUCGUCGCUUUAAUCGUCAUAAUCUUUAAAGACGAUUACCACGACCGCCAUGCGCAUCCGAGAGUAGAUGACUGUGACGUCAUACAGCAGGACUUCACUUGGCAGGAAUCUCAAAACCCAACAGUGUUUCAGGAUCUUACGAGAAAGGAGAUUGAAGCGUUGACUAAUUACCUUUACUCUAGGCCGGAGUUUGAUUUGGUAAGACCGUCCGCCAGUAAGACAAACGCAAAUUUCGUGUUCAUGGCUGAGCUGCACCUUCCCAAUAAGUCAGAGGUGAUCGCGCAUCUAGACAAAGGGGCCAGACAGCCGGCCCGGGAAGCCAAGGUUAUCAUAAUACGCGGAAAAUCACCCAACCAACAGAUAAAUGAAAUUGUCGUGGGGCCUCUUCCAAAUCCGAGUUACCAUCAUCCGGCUCCAGGCAUCAACUCAACGUUACCGUACUUUUAUCGACCUAUGACUGACGAUGAUUAUGGUUCAGUGAUAACAAAUCUAACCAAUACUGUGCACAACGAGUUUGGAGAUAUCCUUAGAAGUUGCUACGGGACCAGUGUCAAGGAAUGCGAUGACAAGUGUCUGACCUUCGUGUACGCCUCCACAUUCUCCCCGGCAUCCAGUGGAACGAACAUGCGCAAAACAUGGUACUGGCUAAACUACGAUGUGGAAUAUUACGUUCUGCACCCUGUGGACUUUUCUGUACUUGUAGGAUUCUAUCCUGGAAGGACGGUUAUCGACAUCGUGUGGUUUCAAGGAAAACAGUUCAAAACGUUGCAGGAGGCUAAAACCAUAGCGUCGAACUGCACCAUGCGAUCUUUUCCUAAAGUAGACCGGAACUCGUUCUCUACGAUGAAUCAGCGAGGCGCUAUACCGGAAGCGGCCAAGAAGCGUGCGCCUGUACAGGUUGAGCCAGACGGUAAACGGUACACAGUAAAAGGGAAGCAUAUACAAUACAUGAAAUGGUCGUUCGAUUUCCGAAUGUCGACCGCAUACGGACCGCAAGUUUAUGACAUUAAAUUCGACGACGAACGAAUCGUAUACGAGCUCGGCCUGCAGGAAAUCUCAGUAUUCUACUCCGGACACAAUCCACAACAGAGGUUUUCCGAUUACAUGGAUUCUGCUGAAUUGAUUGGUCCGUCAGCAAAUGGUCUCGUGCCAGGCGCGGACUGUCCAGAUCACGCGAUGUUCUUCGAUACAAAACACGUGACCGAGACCUCCGAGAAACCUAUACUCGUUAAAAAUGUCUUCUGCUUGUUUGAGAUGAACACCGGAGAGCCUAUCCGCCGUCACCAUUCGUACUCCAAAACAGAGGGCGCUUUUUACGAAGGGAUGGAGAAUUCCAUUCUUGUUCUGCGCACUGUUGUAACAAUAAAUAAUUACGAUUACAUCUUUGACUUCAGAUUUUUCCAAAACGGUGUCCUAGAAACAAAGGGGAUUUCUACAGGGUACGUUUUAGGUAAUGCAUUUUCAGAAAUGGAGCGAAAGUACGGAUUCCAAAUUCAAGAUUUAAUUUCAGCCAACUACCACUCUCAUAUGUUCAACUUCAAAGUUGACCUUGACAUCAAGGGGACUUCCAAUCGUUACGAGAUGAUCCACAUCAAAGUUGAAACGGCCACAAACGAGUUCUCGGCCAAAAACGAUACCUACAGUCAGGGAAUGAUUGAAAGAGAACUAAUUAGAACUGAAAAGAGGGCCGCGUUCAAGUUCAAUUUUGAAAACCCAAGUUACCACGUGUUUUAUAACAAUGCAACCACAGACAAAUACGGAAACCACAGAGCAUACCGACUGAUCAACCAGGGCAUGAUGAAGCAGAUACUCCCAGAGGGCCGGAACAAGGAGCCGGCGAUCAACUGGGCGCGGUACCAGACGGCCGUGACCCGCCACAAGCCGGAAGAGGCCCACAGCAGCUCAAUGUACACCGAAUUCGACGUGUACGAUCCGGUCGUGAACUUCCAGCGCUUCAUAGAUGACGAUGAAAGUAUUGUUGAUCAGGACCUGGUCGUUUGGGUCACCAUGGGCGUGCACCACAUCCCCCACAAGGAGGACCUCCCCGUGACUACAACCCCCGGGAUGGGGCUCUCCUUCGUCCUACAGCCAUUCAACUACUUCGACGAGGAUCCCUCCAUGUAUUCUCUUGACGUCAUCCGGAUCGAGCCGCAUCACGGCAACGUAAACGUCUUGAAGUAUGCACAUGCGACAGGCUCUAAGAUGACGUGCGUACCGAGGAAGACCAAUUUUUUCGAUGUUAUUAAAGUUGAGCCUUCGAUCAUAUUUGAGAGCACAAACGGUUGAUUGACUAAUGGGCUGUCUGAAAAUGCCAAUUACUAAUUUGGAUUUGUUAUUCGAGAAGAACAAACGAUCGAUCCAUUUUUUGUUUGAACAUCUUAUACAAUUUCUUUAAAUAUAAAACUUACUUUAAGUACGAGUGUGCUUUGACAUCACUUUUUCAAAACACUAUCGAGAAAAAAGCCAUUCGUUUGAAAAAUUACACAUGAUUGAUAUUUGUUGGAAUUACGGCUAAAACAAAACAUGUCUAGAACAUCAUUUUUGCUUUAUAAGUGUAGCGACUUCAUUAUUUCUUAAUUUAAACAUAAAAGUGAGUAGAAAAGCCAAUUAUAUUCAAAAUAAAUAAUUAUUUUUA